AUGAUCACCAUCAUUGGCUCGCUCAAUUACGACUUGGUCACAUACACCAAAAGAGUUCCCGAUGGGGGAGAAACGAUCCAGGCAGAUUCGUUCGAAAAGCAUUUGGGAGGCAAGGGCUUGAACGAGGCGUUGGCGUGUGCGCGGCUCCGGAAGUCAAAGUCCACGGACGUGCGGAUGGUUGGAAAUGUAGGCGACGAUUCGUUCGGAAAUGAGUUGAAGGAUGCAUUGGUCGAGGCCAAGGUGGAUACGUCCAAUGUGGCGGUGUUGGAGGGCGAGCUGUCGGGCGUGGCUACCAUUUUGGUGGAGCUGUCGGGCGAAAACCGGAUCCUUAUCAUUGCAGGUGCAAACGGGCGGUUGAAGCCAGAGCCGGCGGACUUCGAGCGGAUCUUUCCUGCCGGUUCGGACAGUGACGACGGGAAGGAGUUUGUGGUGUUGCAGAACGAGUUUCCUUAUACCGUACAAUCGAUUCUGUGGCUCAAACGGGAACGUCCAGGUAUCAAUAUUGCCUACAAUCCGUCGCCGUUUGCCGCCGAGCUCAUCUCCGAGGCCAACAUGGCGAAAAUCGACUUGUUGAUUGUGAACGAAGGCGAGGCGCGCGCCAUCGCCAACGAGGUGCUAGACAAGUCGGUGCUUCCUCACGGCCAAGUGGAGGGUAUCGAGUUCUACAGCGCAUUGGCCCUCAAAUUGCAGCAGGUCAUCUGCCAAACAAACGUCUGCACUGUGAUCAUCACUCUUGGCUCCAAAGGCUGUGUUUAUUCAAUCAAACUGCGCGAAAAAGUCCAGUAUGAGCCGGCUGUUUCCGUGACCGAUGUGUUGGACACCACCGGCGCUGGCGAUACGUUUUUCGGCGGCAUUGUGCUGCAGCUCGCCGAGGGGAAAUACAUCGAGGAAGCGGUCAAGUUUGCGACUGUUGCCAGCAGUCUAGCCAUCCAAAAGAGAGGUGCCGCUGAGAGCAUCCCGGUCUACGAGGAUGUAGUGAAGGCAAUGUGA